AUGGACGCCUCCUCCCUCCGCAUCUCCAAGUUCGAUGGAACUAACUUCCACGCCUGGAAGUUCAAGAUGCAGAUGGUGCUGGAGGAACGGGACCUAUGGGAGGUCGUCAGCGGUGAGAUCAAGGCGGAACAGUGCGAGACUCAGUUGGACCAAGCGACGUACAAGAGGAAGUCAAGAAAGGCGAUGGCAGUGAUCUGUCUAGCCAUGGAAGAUUCCCAGCUACCGUUGGUCCGGUCGGCAAGUGGUGCAUGCGACGCAUGGUCAAGGUUGGAAGACCACUUCGAGAAGAAGAGUCUUGCCAACAAGCUGUUCUUGCGCCGUCGCUUCUUCACGACAAUGAUGGAAGAAGGCGACGAUGUGCUAGAACACAUCAACAAGCUCAAGACGCUGGCGGAACAGCUAGAAGCGGUGGGGGCUCCAGUCUGCGAGGACGAUCUGGUGAUCACACUCCUCGGCAGCCUGAGUGACUCGUAUCAAUUCUUGAUCACAGCUUUGGAGUCGCGCUCAGACACUCUUAGCUGGGAGCUCGUGACGUCUCGACUGCUUCAUGAAGAAAUGAAGCGGAAGGAGCAAGGAAGUAAAGGUGAUGAAGCUUCGCAAGGUCAAGCGUUCAUCACAAGGGACAAUCAGCGCAAAGGGCGACCAGUGAAGAAGUCCUGGCCGUGCCACAAUUGCGGAAAGAUUGGUCACUGGAUGGCGGAGUGCCCCUCGCGCAUCCAAGAAAACACGGAGAGACACCGGCCACAGCGUGCUCAAGACAGCGGCGACCGCUAUCGAUCACAACGUGCAAACGUCGCUCAAGAAGAAGACUCGGGCGACUACCUCUUUUCGAUCGGUGAAACGACAUCUGCGAAAUCGAGCGACAUCUGGCUGGUCGACUCCGGGGCGACGCAGCACAUGACGUGCUCCAAGAAGUUCAUGCGGAACUACAAGGGGUUUGACGCUGUGUAUGUCCAUCUCGCGGAUGAUGGAAUCGUCCAAGCAAUCGGCAGUGGGGACAUUGUCAUGUCGAUGAAGACACCCCAAGGGAUGAAGAAAGGUGUGCUCACAAACGUGUGGCACAUCCCAAAGUUAUCCAGAAACCUGUUCUCGGUCGGCCGCUUCACCAAGGAUGUCGGCCCAGUGACGUUCACGAAGGAUGGGUGCUAUGGAGAAGCGAAAGGGACCAAGUGGAAAAUUGGUGCCCGUGAAGGUAAAGGACUGUUCAGGCUGCAAAUGACUCCAGUGGCGCCGGAACAAGCAAAUGCAGCCAAGUCGUCGGGAUGUCAAGGGGGCACCAAGUCGUACCUCUGGCACCUUCGGCUUGGCCACAUAGGUCACGAUGGACUCAAUUGCAUCGUGACGAAGAACAUUGGAAUUGGCAUCGACAUAUCUUCGGUGAAGAAGUGGGACGUGUGUGAAGGUUGUGCUCUGGGAAAACAGACUCGAGUGCGCUUCCAAUCAAACAAUACAGCUCGCACCUCCAAACUCCUCGAAGUGAUUCACAGCGACGUAUGCGGACCGAUGUCGAUGGCAACUUUCAGUGGAAAACGGUACUUCGUGACAUUCAUUGAUGACAAGUCAAGAUACUGUGUCGUCUAUCUGCUCAAGAGCAAAUCUGAAGUUGCGGCGAAGUUCAUGGAAUACGCUGCGAUGGCCGAAACGCAAACCGGAAAGCGCGUGAAGUACCUUCAAAGCGACAAUGGGGGUGAAUACAAGUCCGACAAGCUGGCACGAUUCUGCGCGGAACGGGGAAUACAACAAAGGUUCACACCCCCAUAUACUCCUCAGCUAAACGGAGUAGCUGAGAGAAUGAAUCGCACGCUGGUCGAGUGUGCGCGUUGCAUGAUGGAACACGCUGGACUGGGAAAGAGCUACUGGGGUGAAGCAGUGAUGACGGCGAUGUUUCUUCGAAACCGCUGUCCAACACGUGCCAUUCACCAAGACAAGUCUCCAUAUCAAGUGUGGACGAUGAAGAAACCGAUUCUGGCCAACCUUAAAGUGUUUGGAUGCCACGCGUAUGUUCAAGUGCCUCAAGACAAACGCGCGAAGUUCGACUCCAAGUCAUCACUCUGUCGUUUCCUGGGAUACGCCGAACACCAGAAGUCAUAUCGAUUUGAGGAAGUGUCAACAGGAGCGAUCAAGAUCAGUCGCGAUGCCACAUUCAUGGAAGACAAGUUUGAUGAAGGUCCGCGCAACUACAACGAUGAGUCAAGUGUCGUUGAGUUUGAUGAUCAUGAUGAGGACGAAGAAAAAAGAAGAAGGUAA